AUGGUAGAAGCAUUAGCUUCAAGCUUAAAGUCUGUAAAAGCAGGGCGUGCCACAUCUGAAAUGUUGCCUGUUCUACUGCUGCUAUGCAUUGAGAUGUCAAUGGCUGAAACUCCAGUUUGUCAGCUAUAUGGGACUCCUGGCUUUCCCCAGUUUUCAAAAGAUGGCCGUGUUAUAAUUGGAGCUAUAUUUUCAAUUCAUGACACCAUAAAUAGUGUAAAGCUCAGUUUUCAAGCAAAACCAGAUCAUGUGAAAUGCCAGAGUUUAAAUUUUAGAGAACUGAGAUUUGCUCAGACUAUGAGAUUUGCUGUAGAGGAAAUAAACAAUCGAACAGAUCUAUUACCUGGUGUGGAGCUCGGGUAUAAAAUCUACGAUUCUUGUGGCUCUGUGCCCAUGGCUCUAAAGGCUGCCUUAGACUUUGCAAGUGGGCCAUUUACAUCCAACUACAACCAGUCAUGCCUCUCACCAUACUUUGCUUCAGGAAUAAUAGGCGAGACGGCCUCAUCCACCACUGUAGCUGUUGCAUCAACUGUUGGACCUCUCCGAAUUGCUCUGGUAAGUCAUUGUGCAUCUUGUGCUUGUCUAAGCAAUAGAAAAGAAUUUCCUUCAUUUUUCCGAACAAUACCAAAUGAUGCUUUUCAGGCUACAGCACUGGUUCAGCUUGUAAAGUAUUUUGGAUGGACGUGGAUUGGGGCUGUUAGAAGUGAUAAUGAUUAUGGAAAUUAUGGAAUGUCAAGCUUUAUAAUGCAAGCCCAGCAGGAAGGCAUUUGCAUUGAAUACACUGAGACUUUUUAUAGAACAGACUCAAAAGAGAAACUUUUAAAUGUUGUGGACACAAUUAAGAAAUCGACAUCAAAAGUCAUUGCAGCAUUUAUGGCUACUGCUGAUAUAAUAUUUCUAUUUAAAGAGUUAACUGCACAAAACAUAACUGGAUUUCAAUGGAUUGGCACUGAAGCUUGGGUUACUGAUCCAAUAUUAGUCUCGUCCAGUGAAUUCAGCUUUUUAAGAGGAACCAUAGGUAUUGGACUUGAAAAAUCAGUGAUUUCAGGAUUAGCAGAUUUUUUGUAUGAUGUUUCUCCAAAUGAGAUCAACAGCAGUUCUGUUAUGAAAGAAUUCUGGGAAUCAGUGUUUGAAUGUAGAUUUCCUGGUAAUGCAAAAACUGCUAACCAAACGACAUGCACAGGAUUUGAAAGUCUGCGAAGACGUAAACAUAGUUAUAAUGAUGUUAGCAAUGCAAGAAUUUUAAGGAAUGUUUAUAAGGCCGUGUAUGCCAUUAGUAAAUCUUUGCAUACUUUACUCACUUGCAAGAAAUCAGAGGAGGACUGUGAAAAAAAGAUGAACAUGUAUCCAUGGCAGGUGGUACAGCAGCUAAAUGCUAUCAACAUUACAAUUAAAAAUGGAUUAAAUGUUUUUUUUGAUAACAAUGGAGAUUCUGUUGCAUUUUAUGAAAUUAUAAAUUGGCAACUUACUGAGGAAGGAAAUAUUAAACUUGUAACUGCUGGUUAUUACGAUUCUCAUGCACCAGCUGGACAAAAAUUCAAUAUAGAAAACAGAAGCAUUAUAUGGGCAAACGGAGAUUAUACAGUUCCAACAUCUGCAUGCAGUGAGACUUGCACACCUGGUACCAGAAAAGCAUUAAAGAAGAGAAAACCGGCUUGCUGUUUUGACUGCAUCCCAUGUACUAGGGGAAGAAUCAGCAAUAAAACAGGUGACAUAAGAAAAUAA